AAAUAUCUAUCACACAUGCAUCAUACUCAAAAGUCUCAUACACCAGUUAAUCCAUUAAUUCCACACCUUUCUAUUCUUUUUAAACCCUUGAUCAUAUCCAUUUUCGAUCACGCCUUUCAAACCAAAACACCAAUAUUAUAUCAAGUACUAUUGAUAGCAUAUAGUGAUGAAGAGAGAAAGAGAAGUUGAUAGCAUAACCAUGGCAAACUACUUGAUGUUGCUUUCUCGAACCACCACCAACUUGAACACUUCCGACAACCGUGUGUUUGAGUGCAAGACAUGUAAUCGGAGGUUCACGUCGUUUCAGGCAUUGGGUGGCCACUGUGCGAGUCAUAAGAAGCCAAGGUUGAUGGGAGAGAGUGAUGGCCAAGUGCUAAUUCAUGGUUCACCACCAAAGCCUAAAACGCACGAGUGUUCCAUUUGUGGAUUGGAGUUUGCAAUAGGACAAGCUUUGGGAGGACACAUGAGGCGUCAUAGAGCUGCAGCAGCAGCAGCAUCAAAUAGAAACAUGCACACUACUAUUAAUUCUUUGAUGAGUUCUGGCAGCAGUAGUGGUGGUAGCACUGUUGAUAAUACUUUACCACCAAACAUGAACCACAAGGUUAACGACACCAAGAGGAUUUUGUUUCCUGAUUUGAAUUUGACGCCUCUAGAGAAUGACUUGGAGUUUUUGAAGAUUGGACGACAAGCAACUCCUUUGGUUCACUGCUUUAAUUGAAUUAAUUCUUGGCACAUAGUUUGUAGAGUACAAUAUAGUUAGGUAGAUCUUACUACUUUUUGCUCAUUUUGUAUUUUACUUUACUGUAUGCAAAUUAUUUUGUUCAGUUCUUGGAUAUAUAUAAGAAAUCCGUGUUAAUUACUUAAA